AUGGCUACUGUCCUUGCUGUCCGGAGCGAGGUGACAGGCAAGCGCCCCAUCAAGCUGACCCCGAAGAUGCAGGGAGCUGGGGGUCUUGGUACCCGCUUGAGUGGCGGUGUCAAGAAGCGCAAGGCUGUUGGCGGCCGACUGAUCACGAAAGCGCGCAAGGAUGGCGCUUCUGAGCACGUCGAUGACAACGAUGAUGUCGACGAUGUUGCGGGCAACACCGGCAUUGACAACGCCUCUGCUGCCGCAGCUGACCCGUCUAGCGGUGCUGGUGAUGCCGCUCCCUUGGGGGUUCAAGUCCAUGCUGACGACUUCAGUGAUGAGGAGCAUGAUGAGGAAGAGGAACGCACGAAGCUGCAGACGGAAAAGCAAGUUUUAACCGUAACGCUCAUUUCCUGUGCCGCAGGGGACGGGCGACAGGACACGCUGAACAACAUCACCGAGCGUGAUGGGGCGUCGCUUCCCUCUCAAAGUCCUUCUGGGAGCCCCCUGGAGGGUGUUGCCGCGGCAUCUGACCAGGAUGCUAACGGGCGGCUUGCUGAGUUGGAGCGAACCACGCAGCAGCAGUCACAGCUGAUUUCGUCGCUUUUGUUGCAACUUAACAACGGGUCCUGCUCCCUGGAGAGGGGUGCGGUGGGUCAUGCCUCGGGGUCUCCAAGCACCAAUGGAACGCCGCGAUCAGCACCAACGUCGCAGCAAGCUCAUGUCGCCACACCCGAACGCGAAAUGCUGCAGCGCCCGACAUCCAACCGUGCUUCCCCUGCUGUGCCGCGGAAGCGGAAGUAUCCAACGAUGAAGAACAACGGUAACGUGUGCGACGUAGUCCUGCACACGUCACUCAGCGGUAUCCCGUUGAGGGACCAGAUCCUCAUGCGCCAGUUGCCUUCCUAUGGCAAGGCAUGGAACUCGACUUGUUCUUCUCGCAUGCUGAUUUGCCACGUUUCCAAGUUUCCAAAUCUCCCUAUUCUUUUCCGCAUUCCCAUGUACCAGAAAAAAAUGGAGCUUGCUGUGGUUGUGGCGUUCUUUCGCCAACCGGACGACGUUACGAGCGUGUACCCGUCAGAAAGCGUGGUGAUGCGGUGCCUCAUCGGUGUUUGGGGCGAGAGCAAGGCUGCCGCGCUAGUAGCAGUCAUGACGUACUGCGUGGCGCGGGCAGGCGCUUCAACGCGCAAGCAGAGUGAUUGGCGUGCGCGGAUCUCGAUGAAUGGGCGCCGGAAUUUUGCUGACGCCUAUGGGCUAGUUUGCGAAGCGAAUCCCCGCCUGAAGUUCGAUUACAGCGAGCUGAUUUGUGAUGAGGAGCGCACACCGACCCAAGUAUACAACUUGGAGAGCAAGGGUGGGAUACCACUGGUCAAGCCUCUUGAAAAGGGAGGGCUUCUUAUCUGGCACUUUGCUGAAGGCACGAUGCGCCCGUUUGGCACUGCGCUCUUCGACAUCAUCGUCCGCAACGCAUUUCAGAAGGGUGCUGGCGGGUCGGCUACGGUGGUGAAGGCGUACCACAUCGCCUAUCUGCUGUAUCUGUCCCCCUUUGAGUUCUCACUGGGCGAGUCAGGAGGGAGCCUGCAGCUCGCAGUGAUGAGCGGCACCAUCAAAUGGCCGCACCCGCCGCUCUCCGCCUCCUCCUUUCCAUCCCCUAAUCUCCCCUCUUUUCUCCUUCUCCCCAUUUUCCCCCCUCCCCCACCCCUACCCUUGCUUCCUGCACUCUUUCCCCGGCCCUUUCUCCCCAUUCCCUCCCGCCUUUUUUCUUCUCCUUUCCCGAACCCCAGGUACGGGCAGUCCCCCUUUGAGUUCUCACUGGGCGAGUCAGGAGGCAGCCUGCAGCUCGCAGUUGAAUAUUCCGUGGUGCACCACAAGGCUCGUGGCAAACGCAUUCCUACGGAUGCGGAUGUGAAUGCAGCUGACAUUGCCUGCUACCACCGCAAGGUGAAGGCGGCCAUUCGCAAGACCCUCGAGGAGUCCCCGGAUGACCAGCUUCCUGCAUGGUCGGAGCAGUAUCAGGGGUGGGUGUUUGGACCCACCGAGACUGUGGUGAUCUCGGGCAGCGGCUUCCCCGACCUCGUUCCCGAUGGGGCUGACCCCGAUGCCGCCGAGAAGAAGGCGGUUGCUCUCCUGUUCGAGUAUGCCCAGGUGGAGCUCGAGAAAGGCAAGAAGAAGAAGACGGGUUCCAACAACAGUGAUGCCACCAUGGAGCGUGAUCUCCUGGAUGAUGUGGGGUACCCCACGUGGAAGGGGCAGAUUCUGGAUGGAGAGCAGCUGUGGGCGCUAAUAGAGGGCUUGGAGGCCAAUGGGCUGCUCUUCUACACGCACCUGCUCACCGGUGGGUUCCAGCUCCUCUCCUUCCAUUCUCUCCCUCACACACUUUCCUUUCCCCCCUCUCUCCCUCUUUCCCUCCCUCCUUCCCUCCCUCUCUCCCUCUUUCCCUCCCUACUUCCCUCCCUCUCUCCCUCCUUUCAUCAGAAGUAUCCUCAAGACUUGGCUAGAGCAGCGGAGCUAGCAGUGGCAUCCCUACAGGCUGUGCUCGCACGAACCUUGCAGCACCGCUCUCCACCUCUGGACGGCACCGAGUCCUCUCCCACUCCCCCCACUCCCAAGCGCCUGGAGCUCUGCCUCGUUCAGAGCCGCGAUGACAUUAUAAGCCCGCCUGUUGUGUUACGUGCACAAGCGGUUGAAAGCGGUGUAGAUGGUUUAGAUGGAUUGCAAGAUGGUGAAAGUGCCUUGCGCGUGACGCGGACCGUACUUGUCUCCCGCCGAGUAGCCAUGGAGGACGCAGAGGCGCGCCGCUCUCGCCUGCGCAGCAUGCGCGAGUCCGCGGCGAAGCAGCAGGCGGCGUCCCCCGGCGCGCCCACGCCUUCCGCCGCCCUCUCCGCACUCCCCUCCCCUGACUUCUCUCCGCCGCUUAUCCGCACGCAUCUGCGUGUGCGCCAUCCGGGGAAGGCGGACCUGGGGGAGGUAGAUCUGCUAGACGGCCAGCAGGAGCAGCCACCACAGGCUCGGGGAAUUUCUCACAGGCCUCAUACGCCAUCACUGCAUGUGACAUGCUGCGCGCUGCAGGGCCCAGGAAGGUAUGCGAGGCUACAGGGGAGGAAGAAGAGUGGGCAGGUAGGUCAUCUAAACCUCAUGGGGGUUGGGGGUGGGAUGGGGGGGGGGGGAGGAGGUGGGGGAGUGGGGGACGAGAGGGGGAGAGAGAAGGGCACCCCUGCUGAGGACGGCAUGGUGGGCGUGCUGACGUCAUGGUGGAUGGAUGGCCGGUUGCUGGGGUGGAGUGGUCCUUGCGGCAACACCCCUCUUAAACCUGCUCAAACCCCUUCAACCACUUUCAACCGCUAUCAACCCCUUUCAACUGUUUUCAACCACUCCCAUCAGGUGGUGAUAACGAGCAUGGAGGUGGAUGGCCAGCUGCUGGUGGUGGGUAGCGACGCCAGCAGCCCUGCUGUAGAGCAGGUGGGUGUAGCAGAGAAGGUGAGUGGUUCAGCAGAGCAGGUGAGUGGUGCAGCAGAGCAGGUGAGUGGUGCAGCAGAGCAGGUGAGUGGUGCAGCAGAGCAGGUGAGUGGUGCAGCAGAGCAGGUGAGUGGUGCAGCAGAGCAGGUGAGUGGUGCAGCAGAGCAGGUGAGUGGUGCAGCAGAGCAGGUGAGUGGUGCAGCAGAGCAGGUGAGUGGUGCAGCAGAGCAGGUGAGUGGUGCAGCAGAGCAGGUGAGUGGUGCAGCAGAGCAGGUGAGUGGUGCAGCAGAGCAGGUGAGUGGUGCAGCAGAGCAGGUGAGUGGUGCAGCAGAGCAGGUGACUGGUGCAGCAGAGCAGGGCACGGGGUGUGUGGGUGCUGGACUCGCUGCUGAUAGCCUGGUGCUGGUGGUGGGGCGUGACGCCAGUAGCCCUGCUGUAGAGCAGAUGGGUGAGGUGACAGGGCAUGGGGCGUGCCAGUGUGGUGGUCGAGGUGUGCUUUGA